AAAAGUUAUGACUGUCAAUUUGGGCAUACUGAAACCAAAUUUCAGUCAUUUUUAAAUUAAAAUAUAUAAAUUUGUAUGUGUGAAAUAAGUAAAAUCAAAAGCUAAUCGUUUUUAUUGAAUUUAUACAAUUGAGAAACUGAGGUUAUGAACACAAAUCAUGCGAACAUCCGAUAAUAUUAUAAGAAAUAAUAUUGGUGUUAAAGAAAUCUUACUAUGGAGAUUAUCAACGGCUGUGGUAUGGAGUGUUAUAUCGCAAAUAUUUAUUCUAACAUUAUUUUUGGCUAUAGUUAAUUUAAAUAUAUUGCAUCCAAUUGAUGGAUUGAGCAUCGUUUUUAAUACAAUCUUUUCAUGGCGUACUGUAUUUUACCUAGUGCCAUUAGCUGGUAUAACAUUCGCACAAGGUGUUAUCUGCAGUAAAGAGUACAUAUCUGGAAAUCCAUUUUUAUCUACACGCUUUGCAAUUAUCAUAAAUUUAUUGUCAAUUCGGAGUAUAAUCCUGUGUGGAUUACACACCUUAUCGGGUUUAAUGACUGUAUGGUUAUAUCUAACUUUAUUGCAAAUCCAAAAUUAUAAUUCAAUUGUAAAAAUAUGUGCCAAUGGACUUUUAAAAUGUUUAAAUGAGCCUAAUUUAUUCUUAACAAUCAGUGGUUUAUGGAUUGGAUUUUAUUACUUCAUCAAAGAACAUUUAGUCAGUGCCAAGAACAUUUUCUUUCCUGUAAUCGAACAAAACCCAUUUUUGCAAAUAAAAUCUACCAUGUUUAAUUUAUUUUCUACAAGUAUUUUCAAUGCAUCUUUACCUAUUGGAUAUUAUCUACUGUUAUUCUACGUUUAUGGAGGAUACUUACGUAAUUAUGUACUAAGUUUAUCAUAUUUGGAAUUCGAAGAUCAACCUUUAGAUUCCAUACAAGGAUUAUUCCAACCAACUUUAAUUCUAUGUGCCUGGCUAUUUGCAUCAUUAUUUGUUUUCACAAUGUCUUCAAUGGAAUUAUUAUUCAAAGUUAAUUUAACUCGUCAGCAUAAUUUUCCGAUUACAACCCCAUCCACUACUGUGUUAACGCUAAGUGAAGCUAUUUGUCUGGGAAAAUUACCAAUUAUUCAACAUUUGGCAUGUUUAGAUUUAUUUAAAUUAGCUGCUAAUGAUAUGGCAAGGCGAGCAUCUAUUUUUACAUUAUCACAGCCUGGAGGUCAUCCUUACAAUUGGAACUCAAUUGUUACAGCAAGUUUAUGUUUAAUUAAUGAUUACACAGAAUCUUUACAACAAGUAACAACGGAAGAGAUCAUUGAACCAAAUGUUCCAAAAAAAUUGGAUCCACCACAAUCUUUUACAAAAUCAUACGAACCGUUAAUACCAAGCCCAAACAGCAAAAGUAUUAAUUACGAACCAACUGUAUAUCGUUUAAGAAAUAUGGGCUGUACGAAAUAUCCAGAACAAACACAGGAUUUUGGUGAAACUAUGGAAAUCAUUCAAAAAAAAUAUCCAUUAACGGAUCUAUUAAAUAAGAUUCGUACAAAAAUUCAAGGGUAUUUAAAUAGUAUACCGGGUGUUAAUUAUUUUUUUGGUGAACUACGAGAUGCAAAAAUUAAGUACAUUCUUUCCCAAGGUCAACCGAUUGUAUGGACUGUUCAAGGUUUAUCAAUGCUAGCAUCCAAAUCGUAUUUUGAAGAUAGUUAUGGUAUUGUUCAUAAAGAUUUACCAGCAAUUAUAACAUCUCUAGUACGAUUAUCACAAUGUUUAGAAAAAAUCAGUAAAACUACAUCGAUUGCAUUAACACGAAAAACAUCUAGUCGUGAACAAUAUUAUGGACAAAUGCAAACGACACUUAAAUCUGCGGUGAAACGAAGUUUGUAUAAUGUAUGUAAUACAUUUGGUCCAUUUAUCAAUGAGUUCUCGUUACCCACUGAUGUUAAAUUACAAGUGAUGACUUUUAUGGUGAAAAAAGAUGUUUGAAAUAUUUUCUAUUUUAAUUUAUAUAUUAUGUGAUGUGAAUCAAAAGUGAAUUAAUCAUGUUUUGUUCA